GGUGAGCUCGAAUCUGAAGGGAUUUGGAGCUUUGGGCAAGCAGUAGGUCUCCCGGUUCCGAGCCUCACUUUCCCCCGCUAAGAAAGGGGAUCACGAUGGCACUUAGCUCAUAGUGCGGCUCAGGUCUUAUCAUAUGGAGGAUUCCCAGGAGCUAGCUAUGUCGUCAGAAGUCCUGCUGGUGUCUGCUCCAGGGAAAGUCAUUCUUCAUGGAGAGCAUGCUGUGGUCCACGGCAAGGUAGCGCUGGCGGUGGCCGUGAACUUAAGAACAUUCCUCCGGCUUCAGCCCCACAGCAAUGGGAAAGUGUGCCUCGACCUACCGAACAUUGGCAUCAGGCGGGUCUGGGAUGUGGCCAGGCUUCAGCUACAGGACACGAGCUUUCUGGAGCAAGGUGACGCCUCGGCACCCACCGCGGAGCUAGUGGAGAAGCUGAAGGAGGUGGCAGCCUUCCCCAAGGACUGUGCCAACCCCGAGCGUGCGGCCGUGCUGGCCUUCCUUUACUUGUACCUGUGCAUCUGCCGGAAGCAGAGGACCCUGCCCAGCCUGGACAUCAGGGUGUGGUCCGAGCUGCCCACUGGGGCCGGCCUGGGCUCCAGUGCCGCCUACUCCGUGUGUGUGGCCUCUGCUCUCCUGACCGCGUGCGAGGAGAUCCCAAACCCGCUGAAGGACGGCGAGCCUGCCAGCAGGUGGACAGUGGAGGACUUGGAAUUAAUUAACAAGUGGGCCUUCCAGGGGGAGAGAGUGAUUCACGGGAACCCGUCCGGAGUAGACAACGCUGUCAGCGUUUGGGGGGGAGCACUCCGAUACCAGCAAGGAAAGAUUUCGCUCCUAAAGAGGCUGCCGGCUCUGAGGAUCCUGCUGACCAACACCAAGGUCCCUCGCAGCACCAAGGCUCUCGUGGCCGGCGUCAGGAGCAGGCUGCUUAAGUUCCCAGAGAUCGUGGCGCCCGUGCUGACCUCCAUAGAUGCUAUCUCCCUGGAGUGCGAGCGGAUGCUGGGGGAGAUGGUGGCUGCCCCCGCCCCGGAGCACUACCUGGUGCUGGAACGUCACCUGCAGCUGCUGCGGUCCACCUGGUGCCUCUCUGUCCCGCGGGAUGCGUUUGAAUCUGCAGCUCCUAUAGUGAAUGGAAGCAGCUACUAAACCAAGUCUCUUCACAAAUGAUUUCGCACUUGGUCUCUAUAACCACCUCCCUGUGAGGUGGGUAUAUUGCCCCCGUUUUACAGGUGUGAAUACUGAGGCCUCAAGAGCAACUCUCUGCAAGGUUCGCCAACUCGUGGGUGGCCGUGCCAGGUGUUAAACUGACUUAUGGGUUUAUCUCUUUGGCCAGCAGAUCUUCAAUGAGCACCCACCAUGGGCCAGGGGCAGCGACCCACUCUCGUUUCUGUGCUGUUGGUCCCAUUUCCUUAGCUGUCUGCCUCCAGUCCCCCAGCCUUUGCCUUGCCGGCUUCAAUUCCUUUCACGUAGAAAGGAGGCAACACAGUCCUCCUGAGCAGGAAAUUAAUAAUGAUAGAGUACUGCCUAAAAUAUACCCUGUUGAGCCCCCGGAGAAUGCCACAGAACAGCACGUUGAUUAUACAUUGUGUGUAUUUUUGGCUGUGGCAGCCGCUGAAAUGUGCAGCUCGCCUCCUGGACAGCUUUGUGCUCAAACCAGCGAGCUGUUCUCCUGUGUCACAACCUGUCAUCUGAUCCUUGACAGAUUUUGGAUCAGAAUGUGACAGGUGUCUGAAACCUGCCUCGGCAACGUGACACCUGGCGCUCAGGCGCAGAGAGCGGGCCCCCAGAACUUCUCCCUCGCAUCCAGCCCCUGGGGCUGGGGAGAGGCACCCGGGGCCGCCACCGGGCCAUCACGCCUGUCUGCUCGUUUGUCAGAAGUGCUGGGGUGUGUGAGGCGGGCUGCAGGGGAGGGCCGACCCGACCGCGCCCGAAGGACCACCCCCCCCCCUCCCCGGCAGGAGGGCCAGGUGGGCCCGGCCGACAGCUCCGUGAUUGGCAACCCUCGCAGCGCACGCGCUCCCGGUUCCCCGGAGCAGAGUCGUGCGCUCUUAAGCCCCGCGCGGCGAGAAGUAGGCGGCAGCAGGAAUGCUGAGGGCGCUCGCUCUUGGAGGCGGGGUAGACGGGAGCUUCACAUCGGGCAGACCCGGUUUCCAGUGCUGGCUUGGUACCUUACCAGCCCAGUGACCUUAGGCAAGUCACCUUCCGCUCUGAGCCUUAGCGGCGCCCCCUUUGUACUACGGGGAUAACUGUGCUAGGACCGCAAAAGUACUGAUAGCAGCUGACUUCCACGGAGCCCUGAGCCCAAGCCAGGUGUCAUGUGAAAAACUCCGAUUUCUUCCUCGCUGCAGUGAGACAGAUCCUCUUAGGAUGCCAGUUUUACAAGCAGGGAAACCGAGGCACGGGGUGAGAGGCCUUGCCCAAGAACCUAGAAGUAGCAGAGCUGGGACUGAAAGCCAGUCCCCUCCCCUUGAUUCCAGAUCCCACAUCCUUUUUUUUUUUUAAUGUUUAUUUAUUUUGAGAGAGAGAGAAUGCAUACGUGGGUGGUGGGGCAGAGAGAGAGAAUCCCAAGCAGG